UAUCCCGCUCUCUUCAAUAUUCUUCUUCCGGUCAGUCCCUCACGUCCGGCGACUUCUUCCGACUCCAAAUUUGAUCCCCUUCUCUGUUCCCAACCUUUUCCCUAUCAAAGAUCGCACCUUUUCCUUUUUCCCCCAAAUCUCCAAUCCUAGGGUUAGGGUUUCAAAUUUCCCCCAAAUCGAAAUCCAUUCCCAAAUCUCCGUGAAUCUUCACCAUGGGGAAGAACGACUUCCUGACGCCGAAGGCAAUCGCGAACCGAAUCAAAGCCAAAGGCCUCCAGAAGCUCCGGUGGUACUGCCAGAUGUGCCAGAAGCAAUGCCGCGACGAGAACGGCUUCAAGUGCCACUGCAUGAGCGAGAGCCACCAGCGCCAGAUGAGCAUCUUCGGCGACAAUCCCGACCGCUUCGUCGACGGCUACACCAACGAGUUCGAGCGCAGUUUCCUCGAACACAUGAAGCGGAGCCACCGCUUCAGCCGCAUCGCCGCCACGGUGGUGUAUAAUGAGUACAUCAAUGAUAGGCAUCACAUCCACAUGAACUCGACGGAGUGGGCAACAUUGACGGAGUUUGUUAAGCAUUUGGGAAAGACCGGCAAGUGUAAGGUGGAGGAGACGCCGAAAGGCUGGUUUAUUACCUACAUUGAUCGGGAUUCGGAGACUUUGUUUAAGGAGAGGGAGAAGGCGAAUAGAGCGAAGAAGGAUUUGGUGGAGGAGGAGAAGCAGGAGAGGGAGAUUAAGAAGCAGAUUGAGAGGGUUAUUCAGUCAAUGCCCAAUGCGGAGAAUGUGGAUGGUCAGGGUGGGGAGGAGGUGAGCAGGGAGUUGAAAGUUGAGAGUGGGGUGAAAAUUGGGUUUGCGCUUGGUGGAGUCAAGAAGGAGAGAGGAGGGGAGAGUUCGAAGUUGGUGUUUGAGGAGGUGGAGGAUGAGAGGAAGAGUAAGAAGGCCAAAACCGUGGGUGGGAGUGGCGGGGCGGGGAGCGGGGCGUUGGAGGAGUUGAUGAGGGAGGAGGAGAGGAAGAAGGAGAGGGUUAAUAGGAAGGACUAUUGGGUCUGUGAGGGGAUUAUUGUGAAGGUUAUGAGUAAAGCUUUAGCGGAGAAGGGGUAUUAUAAGCAGAAAGGUGUUGUGAAGAAAGUGAUUGAUAAGUAUGUUGGGGAGAUUGAAAUGCUUGAGAGUAAGCACGUGUUGAGAGUUGAUCAGCAGGAGCUUGAGACGGUGAUACCUCAGAUUGGGUGCCUUGUGAAGAUAGUGAAUGGGGCGUACAGAGGAUCGAAUGCAAAGUUGCUGGCUGUGGACACGGAUAAGUUUUGUGCUAAGGUGCAGAUAGAGAAGGGCGUAUAUGAUGGUAGAGUGCUUAAAGCUGUUGAUUAUGAAGAUAUUUGUAAACUUGCCUAGUGCGUAUGGUAGAUUUUCUUUCUCUGGUGGAGAUUGAGCUAUAAUGUGGGUAAUCAUCUGAUUUUCAAAGGUGUUCUCUGUUUUGAAUUUCCUGAUACUUGUGCACUGAUUAUCUGUUCUAAAAUGUUCUGGUAAUUUAAAAAUUUACAAAUUUAAGAGUUUGAUAUCAUUGUUUAACUGUUUAUCUAUAUCUGUUUUCACUUGCACUUGUUUGCACAAAUACUACACAUAUUGCUUGGUUGUCAACCUGAUCUUGUGAAAACUCUUGCAUGUAUGAAUCAGAAAUGUAUGCUAUAUAAACUGUAUGUAGCAGUCAAAUGUUCAAAGUAAUUCGUCAAUGUUGAUAGUGGUCAAACUAAGUUUUCCCUGCAAUUUGCCGUGCAUGAUUUUAGUUCCACAAGUCGGUAGUUGUUUCUUAUCUACUAUUGACUGUUAGGGUGAUGCUCAAUUAUCUAGUUCUUUUGACUGAUCUUUAUUAGAGCAUAUCAAAAAGAUUGUGUGUUUUGUUAUAUCAUACGAUCUUUUU